AUGCUUGUGACUUUCUAUGCUUUGACUGUGCGACUAGUAAUAGCACUGUGUACUCGAACUUUCUUUCAACCAGACGAAUACUUUCAAGCUCUUGAACCAGCACAUAAUAUCGUAUUUGGGUACGGGAAUCUUACAUGGGAGUGGCUAAACCCAUUCCCCAUCCGAAGCAUCCUGUACCCGGCUUUGAACGUACCUAUUUACUGGGCGUUAAAGGUCACCGGUAUACAUGAAAUCAGACCCUGGGGUGACUUCCUGCUGAUCAUUGGGCCGCGUAUCUUGCACGGGACACUAGCGGCAGGCACUGACAUCUGGAUCUGUUCUCUGACUCGACGAACAAUUGGGGAGCGGUAUGUGUCUACUUCCUUGUUCUUGUCGCUCACUUCGUUCUUUCACGCCCUCUCGCUCUCACGGUCGUUUUCGAACUCGUUUGAGACAUCCUUGACGACCAUCGCCUUCUCAUACUACCCUUGGGAUGCCAGCACAAGAUUAAGCCCCCAGCUGAUAUACAACAGAUCAAAGAUACGGAAAAGUCUUGUGUUCGCAGCUCUUGCUUGUGCGAUCCGGCCGACGAACGCAGUGAUUUGGAUCUAUCUAUUUUCCAACUUGGUUUGGGCUCUUCGGGGCUACCGGCGGACUUUACUCUUUCUUCUUUGUGACGCUAUUGUUAUAGGAACGCUUGUUUUGACGUCUGUCGUCGGGCUGGACUGGGUAUAUUACGGCAAAUUUACUUUCGCUCCAGCGAACUUCCUCAUCACAAAUCUGUCUGGCGUUGCCUUAUUCUAUGGUGGAAAUCCAUGGCAUUACUACCUCUCUCAAGCCCUUCCGAUACUUUGUACCACUUCAUUGCCGUUCACUAUCCACGGCUUGUGGACACAAGGGAGUGAAAGCAACACGGCUACGAGGACCAUGCGGAAAAUGGUGGCGUGGACGAUAGGCGUCUAUUCUUUCGCAGGGCACAAAGAGUGGCGUUUCAUCCAUCCGUUACUUCCUAUCCUUCACGUACUGGCUUCUCAGUCUUUGGUCGAUCUAUCCGCGACGACUGUAAGGGCGAAACCCAAGCCUCGUGCAUCAAUAACUACGUAUCUCCCACCAGUUCGCAAAAAAUUUCUCGCGAUUCUCCUCGUUCCUAUGCCAACUGCGGCCUACGUCGUAUUAUUAUACUGCAGUGGUCCAAUUAGUGCCACAUCCUACAUCAGGAGCAUACCCACCAAUGAGCUCCAAGGUGGGAGCAUCGGAAUAUUGAUGCCUUGCCAUUCCUUGCCUGGUCAAGCGUAUAUUCAUCGCAAAGAGCUUGAGAAUGGGGGAAUGUGGGCAUUGGGUUGUGAGCCUCCACUCGGAAAGCAAGAUCUAUCUACAUAUCGUGACCAGACAGAUAUUUUUUUUUCUUUCCCUUACCAAUAUUUUAUGGAACGCUUUCCGCCUGCGGUCGAUCCAACAUUUCCUGCCUCUCCAUUUCCCGCUUCGCCUGCAGGCGCUUCGACCGCCGACGCAUUCCCCUGGGCCCACGAAUGGCCCCGCCACCUAAUCUUUUUUGGCGCUUUGCUGAGAGAAGAAGGCGUGAAGGACCUAUUGAUUGGAAAGGGUUAUGAGGAGGUAUGGCAUCGAGGUCGGUUUUGGGAAGGUGAUGGUGAUGAGCGGAAAGGUGGUGUCCGUGUGUGGAAGUGGAUGGGAUAA